GAGGGGAUGUUUUGAGUUCUACUUCACCAGAUCACCUCAGCUAACGACUGCGUAGGCUGUCUAAACUGAUGUCUUGUUCCUGUUGCAGUUCAGAAGCAGAGCUGUGAGGGUCAAAGGGGAGAUGAAUCUAUACAGGAGCUUUGGAAACCUCAUGGAGGCUUGGGUGACUAAAGAAGACCGGUGUUUGGACUCAGCAUGGCUUGGAAAUGACGAUAAAGAUCCUUCUACACCUUCCUCCGACGUGGGGACAAACCUGCGCACAGAAUCGGAGGACUCUGGAGUGGAGACAGCCAGCUCUGUUACGUCCUUUCCUGCUACACUCUCCUCUGUCUUUAUAGAUAAUGCAGAAAAUGACACAUUUGCACCAGAAACAGAAGGUGAUGGACUCACUCCAGCCUUAACAUCACAGUCUCCCGUGUCUUCCUCCUUCUCCCCGCACCUCUGUCCCAACAGAGCUCAGGAGGACUCCACAGCCUUGCACUUAAAAGUGGAGCUAGCACUACAAAAGACUGACUCGAAAUUUCUAAAGAAUAACCGAGAGCCCCUUACAGUGGAUGGGAUGUUCAGGCGACCACCUCGAGCAUCUUUUUUACCCAAACGGCACACUUUGGACUUAGUGAGAGGUCAAAGGUCAGAGAGUUUUAGCCUAAGGAGGAGGACAGUUAACCCAUCAGUGUCCAUGAGGCAGAUGUCAGAAAUGAGGCCGAUGUCUAUGAGUUGUGUUAAGCAGCUGGCUCAGAAAAGAGCAGAGGACCUUGGUGAGAAAGAGAGGAAUGGACUGAGUCCUGGGCUCUGCUACUUGGAGCAGGUGUGCCAAAUAUUAGAAGAAAUUGCCGGAAAACAGAUGCACAGCCGAGCGUUACAGAUGGAGAUUGAUGCCCAGAGGGAGCAUCAAGACAUGAAGGUGAGCCAGGCUCUCGACACCUGUCAGAGUGACUCUAAAGCUGCUGAGGAGGCCCUGUCGUCUUGUCAGAUUCCUGAAAAUACAGAAAGUGCAGAGCACAGUUCCAAUGAACCCCAGCAGAGUAAAGAUUAUCCUUACAGACAUUUUCGACAGAGAUCAGCUUCAGACACAAAUAUUACAACAUUGCAAUUUAGAAGGUUGAAUGCAGACUGCAGAGGGCAGCAUCUGAGUACAGAUGACCUGCUGGAGAAGGUAGAGGAAGGCCAUGAAAGUCAGGAGAAUGAAAAAAAGGAGAUGAGUAAAACUAACAGGAACUGGAAGUUAAAAUUUGGGUCUUUGACAAGAGCUCGAGUGGGAGAUACAAAGGGUCAACAGAUGCAUUCAUCUGAGAAAAACUCGACCCGACGACGGCUGAGCCAGCUGUUCAGGAGGAGUAGGAAAACUCCGCCUGUGUCAUGAUGUUUGGACAUUUUAGUUUCAGUUCUGAAGAGGAGGAAGCUUUCCUUUAAAGGUCUAAACACUGUCGCUACUUUCAAACUUCCUGUUCAGUCAUGUGAUUUAGCAAUCUGCCAUGUUUAUUUAUUGUGUGCUGUAUACUUGCCUUUAUUUUUAUACUUAUAAAUAAUAUGAUUUUCUGUGAAACUGUGAUGGAAUUUCACUGUCAUGUAAUGUCAUAGCACUACAAAGCUUGAUUUUUACAAACAUCAAACUUGUAUUUGUAAUAAGCUGCAAAUUGGUAAAGAAUACUGGUAUGCACUGUACAGUAUAUUACACUAUAAAUGUAAUAAAUUGUUAAUAUAACGCUCUGAAAUUCUUAUUCAUUUUGUUUUGGUGUACAUCUGCAACAUAAGAGACAUAUGCUUCAUAUCCAUCAAAUGCUGUAUGUCUAUGGAAGAACAAUCUGUUAUUACUGCACCACAUAGGAUUUCUAAUAACAUCUUAGUAAUUACAUUAUGUAGUCCAUAAAAUGUCCAAUACUGCCUAAAAUAUGCCUAAGUCCCAAGUU